CUAUCUAUCUCUAUCUAUUUAACUCCUACUAUCUCUCUUUUUCGAUGGUGAAAGAAUACGAACGUUAGUAAUGAUAAAUCUCUCUUUUCUUUUUUCCUUUCUUUCCUUCGUUUUAUUUCUCUUUUUUCCCUUUUUUUUACUAUCGGUUAAACUAAACCGAGAUUUGAUAGUUAACCCGUGAAAUAAUAAUAUGGAUCGAAAAGUUUCGUCGCUUCUCGACGAUUAAUUUUCUUAUCGAUCGAUAUAACGAUAAGAUCCAAUAAUAUCGAUAAGAUCUCGUUGCUUCGCUUUUUCUUUUCCUUUCUUCGAUAAAGAAGAUAAAAUUAUAUAGAAAGAAAAAAGAAAAAUGACAAAUAUAAAUACAUUUGCAUACGAAUCGAUUGGAAUAAAUUAGAACGAACCUUUUGAUCGUAAUUCUCGGUUUGUUCAUUUAUUUGUUUCUUUAUUUGUUACUUCUCUUUUAAAGAGACAUUUCCUUUCUCUUUCUUUUCUUUUCAUUUUCUUCUUCUUCGUCUUCUUCGUCUUCUUCCUUUUCCUUCUUUUUUCUCUUCUUCUUGCGGAGAUGACGUGGAUAAUGUUCGUUAUGUCACACGACGAUCGGAGAAGAACUAGUCCGUAAGAAGAUCAGAUAAUGACGGAGUCUCCAACACCAUCGACGAGCAAAUGCCACGACGAUAAAUCCGAUAAAACCGAGAAGGCGGUUUUUCUGCAAAUUCAGGAUAUAAACUGUCAAGUAGCACAAUUUCGAGAUCUCCUUAUAAACGUCGGCCAACCACGUGACUGUCCAGAAUUACGCGAGAAAAUUCGAAAAUUGCGAAGAAGUUGCGUCGAAGCUUGCAAGGGAACUUCUCAACUUGUCCUGCCUCAAGUACGAAGUGCGAUGGAUGUCGGAAUACCAGCGGAUAGUCCAAAUUUGGUUUUAUUAUUCUUCGUAACGCAAUUAUUCCUUCGUGAAUUGUCGAAGAGUAAAAAUCUCAUACGAAUCGUACCGAUGGAUAUGUCCGGAUAUUUUGAGAGCAGAGCGGGACCAUCGAAUAUAGGCAACGUUAUCUCUCAGAUCCUGUUAUGCAAGCAGAUCACGCCCGACUUCAACGAGGAGGAAUUGUGCAGCAUCAAAAAGGAUUCCGAAGAGAUAGGUGCACUGAUCGCUGAGUUACAGGAAUUCAUGCCCCAAUCUGAGGCUGAUACAGAAAAAUGUGUGGCCCUACAGGAAGCUGGAAAUCGCGUAAGUCGUAACAAUGGCGGACGAAAAGUGAAUCGAUGGAAUGCCAGCAACAGAUCGCGACAAUCCUCCUACUGUCGCGGUGGCUUCAAGUUUCUCUGUUGUACCACCAGAACGAAUUACAUUUGAGAUUUGCAGGAUGGGUUGUAGCAGUAAAGGGCUUCCACCUGAAGAACUAUCAAAGAAAAAGAAGAAGAAGAAGAUGUAGAAGCAAUCAACUCUCGUCCAACUUGAUUUCAUUUUCUUUUUUUUUUUUUCCUUUUUUUCUGUUCCUUUUUAUCCUUCAUUCACUCUUCGAGUGCAUUUCUUACUUCAUAUUCUUUAUUUAUUUAUUUAUUUAUUUAUUUAAAAAGUAAAAUCUUGAAAUCUUAGAUCCGUUUAAAUAGCUCUUAGUAAACUUUUAUUAAAACUCUUGUUUUACUUUUCUUUAUCUUUAGUUUGCGCAAAAAAGCUUUGUAUCAUUGAAAUAAUUUCACAUCUAUCGUAUCUUUUUUAUAUAUUCAAUGAAUUUGUUAUGUUUUUAUUUGACUUUUUCUUCUUAACCAUAUGUAUGAUUAACUAUAUAUAAGGACAAUUGAUCGUUUAAUUAUUAAUGAAUUUUUAAUAAUGUUAGUUAAUGUACGUCAUAUGUAAGUACAUAUUUGAAAAUUCGCGCGACUAUAAUCUUGGUUCGUAUUAUCAAGCGACCGACUAAUGAAAAGAGAUCUCGAUUUAAUCCCUAAAAUAGAGAAAAUACGCUGCACUGAAUUUCCCUGAUUUGUAUCGAAAACGAUACUUAUUUUUCUAAUAUUUCGACAAAUUUAUUUUCUUUCUUUUUUAUCUGUAUAUAAAGGCAAUUGAUUUUUUAAAUAUUAAUCAAUUAUAUAUAAGUACAUAUUUAAAAAUUUGCGCGAUCGCCAUCUUGAUUUAUAUUGUCAAGAGACCGACCAAUGAGAAACGAUUUCGAUCUAACUCCUACAAUACAAAAAAUACGCCGCACGAAUUUCCCUGAUUUGGAUCUAAAUCGAUUUUACUUUUCUAAUCUUUCAAUGAAUUUAUUAUCUUAUUUCUAUCAGUUUCUUUCUCAUUUAUAUAUAUAAAAACAGUUGAUAUUUUAAAUAUUAAUGAAUUUUAAAUAAUGUAUGUUAUAUAUAAGUACGUGCUUGAAAAUUCGCGCGAUCGCCAUCUUGGUUUGUAUUAUCGAGCGACCGACCAAUGAGAAACGAUCUCGAUCUAACCCCUAAAAUAGAGAAAAUACGCCGCAUUCGCGUUUCCUAAUUUGAUCGGUACGGUUAAUAAGUUGGUUAAUUAGAAAACGAGAGAAUGGCCUUCGAUCAAAGAAUAUAAAAGAUAAAACAAAGAAAAAGCGAGAUCUCCCGUUAAAAAUAAUCUCUGGAUUUAAGUGUCCAAAAAGAAGAAGCAAAUAAUAAAACAAAACAAUGUAAGAAGAAAAAGAAGAAUUGUUAGCAGUAUCGUGAAAUUGCCAAGUGAAGAAUAGAAUCUCUCUUAAUUUAUGCGAGUAUAUUAAUCGAUAAUUAUUAUCAACCGAGAUAUUAUAACAAACGCGUUCUAUACUGUAUAAUUACUAUCGCAUGGUAAAUAUUUCAUGAAAAAAAAAAAAAAAGAAAGAAAAGUGUUAGUGAAAUACUGUGGAAUAUUACGACAAAAAGAAAUAUAUCGAACAUAGCGUAUCACGUUCGAAAAAAGAUCGGGAUAAUAACGACGAAGAAGAAAUAAUUAUAGAGAGAAGAAAAAAAGAAUAACAAUUCCCCUCCCCUCCAAAAAAAGAAUUAACAAGUAAGUGGACCAAUCGUCGAUUUAUUUAUUCCGAUAUAUAUAUAAUAACUAUAUAUAUAUAUAUACAUAUAAAUAUAUAUAUAUGUAUAUAUAUGGUUAUAAUACAUACAGCUUACUAAUAAUACAAAGGGAGAGAAAAAGAAAUUAAUUAAAAAUGACGUAUAUAUCUAAAUAGGUACUACUUAAAUACAGGUUAGUACAGAAAAAAAUGGCCGUAUCACGUGAUCCUCGUAUCGAUAUUUUAAUAUCGAACGAGCUUCUCGAUCUCGUUUAAUCGUGACUAAACUCCGAGGUAUAUAGUGAUAUAUUUAUUAUU